UCUGGAGAAAAAAGAUGAUAAAGGAAGGAAGAGGCGGACUCUAGUUGCUGCUCUAACUCUCCUCUAGGGAACCGGUCCAGUCAAAGUCAGCAGACAUGAAGGAAGCAGCUGCUCAGCGUCUGAUCUUUCUGAUCUCACUGCUGUUCUGGACAUCAGGUCAAGUCCUCCCAGUUCGUCUGACUGUGAUUCCCAGCAGAUCUCAGUUCUUUGAACAUGAAUCAGUGAUUCUGAUCUGUGAGGAUGAAAACGGAUCUGAUGGAUGGACUGUGAGGAGAAACGCAACCAGAGACACCAGAGCUGAGUGUAAAGGAUGGGGAACACCAGCUGGUUCUACCUGUAACAUGGACUACCUCCUCCCAGGUGAUACUGGUCUGUACUGGUGUGAGUCCAUCAAUGGAUCCUCCAGCAGCAGCAGCAGCAUCUCUGUCUCUGGUGGAUCAGUGAUCCUGCAGAGUCCUGUCCUCCCUGUGAUGGAGGGAGAUGAUGUCACUCUGAGCUGCAGAGCAAAGAAUCCAACCCACAACCUCCCAGCUGCUUUCUAUAAAGAUGGCUCCUUCAUUGGUGAUGGACCAUCAGGUCACAUGACCCUCCUCCAUGUUUCCAGCUCUGAUGAAGGCCUCUAUAAAUGUAAUGUCAAAGGUCAUGGAGAGUCUCCGUCCAGCAGGAUCUUUGUCAAAGAGAAACCUCCAACCACCUCUCCACCCUCCACUAUCUCUCCACCUUCCUCCUCCUCCUCUUCCUCAGAGAAACUCACCAACAUCUCUGACUCUACAGUCACACCUGGUCCAGGUUCUUCCUCCAUCCUUCCCAUUGUUGGAUCUGUUAGUGGUUUGGUUAUCCUGGUGUUGCUGGUUGUUGUGGUUUUACUGGUGAAACGACUUCAUAACAAACCUAAAGGUGAUGAAGGAGGAAGAGGAGAGGAUGACAUCACUUCCAGAAACAUCAGGAUGUUCCACAGGAAACAGAAGAAAACCAAACCAGGAACAGGAAAUGGCAGUGAAGCAGCUGCAGUUUAUUCAGCAGUAAAAACAGGAGAAGUGACUUAUGGAGAGAUAAUCAUCAAUGAGAAGAAGAAGAAACCGAAGGCCAGAGGCAGUGAAGCAGCUGAAGUUUAUUCAGCAGUAAAGGCAGGAGAUGGGACUCAUGGAGAGAGAGUCAUCAACCAGAAGAAGAAGAAGCAGAGGUCAAAGGCCAAAGAGAAUCAACCAGACCCAAAACUUCUCUACUCCUCAGUGAGGUCGCCCAGAGUUGACCUCUGACCUCCAGCAGCUGUUAGCUUCUCAUCACUGAGUCAGAUCUACUGGGAUUUAGCUGGACUGGUUUCCAGUAGCAGCUCAGGAAACCAGUAGCAUGAGCUAAGUGUUGCAUUCAGAGACUGGGCUAACGGCUAACAGCAGCCCAAGCUAACAACAAGCUAAUUCUUUGCUUUUUAUGUAUUUUAACUGAGCAGCAACAUGUUGACCAGCAGAGGAAAUAAAACAUUUCAUCACAGCAGCUGUUACUGUGCGGCGGCCAUGUUGGAUUUUAAGCUCUGGGUUUAAAUGUUUUAAUGUUUUUAAUCUGGAAAUUUAAAGUUUCAGAUUAGCUUCAUGCUAAUUUAGCUUCUGAAGAUGGAAAGGAUUUUAUUUUAAGCUUUACAAUAAAUAAUUUUCAGGUGUCUCAGAAUCUGCAUCAAAUAA